CAACCGGAGAUAAGUAGACGGAUCCCCGAUUUCUCUCACUAAAUCCACGUUUUACCGUGUAUAUAUAUACCCACGUAUCCAUAACUAACCGAGCUUUUUUCUCAAAUCCAAAACCCUAUUCCCAAAUCAAGCAGCUCUCCUAUUUCGUUUGUUCUUGUAAUUUGAAUCGCAAUGGCUCGUACAAAGCAGACUGCUCGUAAGUCCACCGGAGGAAAGGCUCCCAGGAAGCAACUUGCUACCAAGGCUGCCAGGAAAUCAGCUCCGACAACCGGAGGAGUGAAGAAGCCCCAUCGUUACCGUCCCGGAACUGUUGCUCUGCGUGAGAUUCGUAAGUACCAGAAAAGUACUGAGCUGCUGAUCCGCAAAUUGCCAUUCCAGAGGCUUGUUCGUGAAAUCGCCCAAGAUUUCAAGACUGACUUGAGGUUCCAGAGCCACGCUGUGUUGGCCCUUCAGGAGGCAGCAGAGGCUUACCUGGUUGGUCUCUUUGAGGAUACCAACUUGUGUGCCAUUCACGCUAAAAGGGUUACAAUCAUGCCCAAGGACAUCCAGUUGGCUAGGCGUAUCCGUGGUGAGCGUGCUUAGAUUCUGUUGUUAGCGUGCUUAAUUGUUCUUCGUCUUUUAUUUUUAGUUGUUUUUGUUGCAACUGGACAAGUUGAAUUUGAAGUUUCUAUCUUGGAUUGUAAAUUCUCUACAACUGAUUAAAGUUGAUGUCAAUGGUAUAAUAUGUUCGUAUUUGAUUUUGUGUGAA